CAGUAAACACAGUGGACAGUUAUCAGGACGCAUAAUCGAUAGUCGAGCAUUACAGCACUUCACCACACUGUACUAGAAGUUUCCACCGGGCUGUAACAGCUAUCUUUAAGAUCAACAUCACCGGCAGCGGGAGUCAUGUCUCUGCCUUUUACCGGAUAACACGUGUUGCUGGGUUUUUAAAUAACUAGGAGGAGCUGAAGCCAGGCAGGCUAACAGCGAAGCUAACGGCGAAUCCUCCAGCAGCUGCAGCGGGAUGUUCGGCUGUCUGGUGGCCGGCAGGUUGGUGCAGACAGACGCGGUGCAAGUCGCCUCGGACAAGUUCGUGUUCAACCUGCCGGACUAUGAGAAGGUGAACCACGUGGUGGUGUUCAUGCUGGGCACGGUUCCGUUCCCCGCCGGUACCGGAGGAGCGGUCCACUUCUCCUUCCCGGACCCCUCGGGCGGCGGCGCGGUGUGGCAGCUGCUCGGCUUCAUCACCAACGAGAAGCCCAGUGCCAUCUUUAAGAUCUCCGGCCUGAAGGCGGGGAAGGGCGGGGAAAACCCCUUCGGUAUAAUGGCCUCCUCCUCCCGGCUGUCAUCCUCCGUGGCUCAGGUCGGUGUGUCGGUGGAGGCUCUGGAUCAGCUCGGCCAGCAGAUUCCGGUCUCCAGCGCCGCCGUUUCCACCGCGGACUCCUUCCUGCAUUUCACCCAGAAGACGUUGGACAGUCUCUACAACUUCGCCUCGUCCUUCGCAGUGACGCAGGCUCAGAUGACCCCGAACCCCUCGGAGACCUUCAUCCCCUCCAGCUGCGUCCUCAAGUGGUACGAGAACUUCCAGAGGAGGAUGAGCCAGAACCCCAACUUCUGGAAGAACUGAAUCUAAGACUAAAAAAGACAGUUUCCACAGUGCCUACAGCCAAACCACUCGUCUCUGAGACACAGCUUUACUUCCGACAGUUCAUGACGUGCACAACGGGUUUUGGUUCAUCAUCAUUACACGUUUAUUUUUAUUAAAGUAAGAACAACGAUAGUAAAUAUGAGAUUCAGGAUCAUUCUUGGCCAUGGAAACAGCAGCCCUAAAUGAAAACAAACUAAGAUUUACUUGGUUUUUCUCUUAAAAUAAAAUAGAUUAUUCCACACUAUUCGAAGUGUAGAUUUCAUUUCUUCUACAAUAAUACCUCACCUGCAUUGACACAAACAAAACAGCUCAGAAUCAAGAAUGCUCCUUAUUUUCUAUAAAUAGUUAUCCAAACCAAAUUGCACCCAAUACAAAAUAAACAUAACGGAGACAUUUUAAAAACUACUAAAAGCUCAGAAACUGCAUUGCCUUUGGUUCACUAGGACAUUAUUCAUUCACCUGAUAGUCAUUACACUGAAAUCCCUAAAAUUAUAGAUGGAGUUGUUCUCAAAUUAUGUUUGUUAACCUUUAAUAGGCAAGUUAUCGUUUCUUAUGGAGGGAUUGAUAUCAUUGGUCCAUUUUGUAAUGCUAGACUUUAAAUACUCUUCUAAAACAAA